GGACUCGUCUGUAGGUCGGACCUAUUCAAGAUGUCAGUAGAGCAGGCGAGCGCGAGCGGAGCAGUCAGUGACAUUGUAGAAGAUGACAAAUCACAUCUGAUUAAAGGCGGUGCUUUUCUCGCUACCGUGGCCACUGCAGGCAUGAUUGCAGGCUUUGGUGCAACCCUAGCUGUGGCUAAGAAGAAGAGUCCGGACUGGUUUAAUAAGGGUAUAAUAGGAAGUGCUGCGGUGCCAGAAAGCGGCGCGUCUUUAGCAUUGCGGGCGUUGGGAUGGGGUUCACUUUACGCCUGGUGUGGAGUCGGCCUUCUCAGCCUCACCAUUUGGAAGGCUAUGGGGGUCCACAGUCUACAAGAAUUUCGUCAAAAAAUGCAAUCCAUUUUCCCUGCCAUCCCUAAAAAUGAAGACGCUCAAGCCAAUUCUGUUCCUUUUGACUGGAAUUCCAUCUUCAAGUCAAAAUGAGCUGAAAUGUCGAUUAGCAAGAACACGCAGACUUAACGGACUGUGGAAAUGUAUCGUAUGGCCGCUUUUAAUCAAGUGUGAGGCAACAGGACAGCCAUAUUUGGCCCAGUUACCGGAUUAAACAUCAAGCAUGAGGUCAAAGCACUGGAGAACGGCUGUCUAGAGGCCUGAAAGACUCCACACUUGAUUAUGUUUGCUGGAUUCCACAAGAAGAGACUCUAUGUUUGUACAUACUGUAAUAUCUGAGACCUUAUUUAAUUCACAGCUUUGCAAUCUUGCUAAAACAGUGGCCUUGUGUUGUUGUUUUGGUAAACAUGCUGUUGGAACAUUAGUUGUCCUUAAAAUGAGAAUAAUUUACCCUUCGGCUGGUGUUUUUUUACGGUAAAUGUAUCAAACUAAAGCAUCUUUUGUUUGAAAUAUGGUGUCGUGGUUACAAGGUCUAAUAAAAGCAUCUCACAAUAA